AUGGGUGAUCAAAACAGCGCCGAUACUCUUGCCCUUUUAGGAAAAACAAUCCGCGUCGAGCUCCAGCAGAAGCUGUCAAGUAAGGCGCGUGUCCACUUGCCGUCCGAUGAGAACAGAACAGAAUUCGACAAAGCCAAUCUGCGUUUCACUCAGUAUGAGCGUCCAACGUAUCUCGCCGUGGUCGAUCCAAGCUGUGAGGAUGAUGUUAUUGCAGUCGUCAAGUAUGCCCGUGAGAAGGGCAUCCCAUUCACACCUCGCGGUGGCCAUCAUGCAGUCACAAGUACAAUGAGGCAUUUUCGAAAUGGAAUAUGCAUCAAUAUGCGCCCGCUCAACCAAAUGCGAUGGAAUGUCGAGAAGCGGCAAGUUACUACAGGUGGAGGAGCAAUAACGGACGAGUUUGUGCGCUUUGUGCAUAGCUUAGGCAUGGAAGUCAACGUGGGAUCGUGUCCUACGACUGGUAUCAUAGGUGUAGCGUUUGGCGCGGGCCUAGGACGCUUGCAGGGCAAAUACGGCUUUUUGAACGACAACAUGGUUUCCUGCAAACUCGUACUCGCCGACGGAAGUGUGGUAAUUGCUUGCAAAGACUCAAAUCCGGACUUAUUCUGGGGUAUCCGGGGAGCAGGUCACAAUUUCGGCAUUGCACUUGAAGCCACUUUUCAGGUCUACCCGCAGGCACACGGAGGCAUCCAUCAUACUUGGGACUUGGAGUACACUCUAGACCAGUGCGAUGAAGUUUUCAAGACGCUUAAUAGCGUCUAUGAUACUAUGCCUGCUGAAUUGGCAAUCUUCGUUCUAUGGAUGCGUCAGAGUAGCGGCCGUAAGCACAUCAUCCUCGUCAACCUGGUCUGGUCUGGUUCAGUCGCGAAAGCAGACCCAUACGUGCAGCGCUUCGAGUCUUUAAACCCAGUCUUGAACAGCGGACGAAAGUCAGUGCCAUGGCCAGAACUACCUUUCUCAACGUACAAAGAGAUGAACAAGCUUUUCUGCAAGCCUGAAGUCUGGCUACGGGGCCCCUAUAAGAUGAUGGGCGCCGCUUGCGUUGAUACCUUUGACCUCAAGACGACGCGCGAGUUCUUCGAGAGUGUCAAAGCCAUGAGUGAGGAAUGGGAGGAUUGCGGCUGGUUCAGCGCCAUGUUUGAAUGCCUGCCUGACCAGCGCGUGCGCGAGAUUCCCAAUGACGCGACGGCGUUCCCAUGGCGUGGAGGAUCAAAUCACUUCUUGAUGCUUAAUGCUACACCAAAGCGGAUGGAGGAUCGCAAGGUCUUCGAGGACCAUCUAGACUACUGGAAGCAACGCUUCAUUGAGACGUCUGGGUACGGUCGUUUGCAGCAGUACGUGAGCUAUGGUAACGGCACGUCAUCUAUGAAAGAUCCUCUCGAAGCACUGUAUGGCUAUGAGCCGUGGAGGCUGGAAAAGCUACGGGGUCUCAAACAGAAGUACGAUCCUGACAAUGCAUUUCGAUGGUACCAGCCAAUCAUUGAGCCAUAA